GUUUCCCGUUUACGAAAUCUUAUUUGUGAAAAGAGAAGGCAAUGCCGUUUGGGGAAAAUCCGAACAGAGGAUGAGAGAGAGAGAAGAGGCGCCGAAGGAAAAGGAAGAAGCAACACCGCAACAGGCCGAAGACGACGAGGAAGGUCCGCCACCGGGAUGGGAAUCCGCCGUCAUUCCGCCGCCAUCUCUUCCUCCUUCUGCCGCCGCCGCCGCCGAUGUUUCCGAAAUAGCGCAGAUGGUUUGCGGCUCUUGCAGGCGGUUGCUUUCGUACCCUCAAGGUUCCAAAUACGUCAAGUGCUCGUGCUGUCAGACUAUUAAUCUCGUCCUCGAAGCUCACCAGGUUGGUCAGGUGAACUGUGAUAAUUGCAGGGUGCUCCUGAUGUAUCCUUAUGGGGCUCCUUCAGUUAGGUGCUCUUCCUGCAGUUCUGUAACCGAUAUCAGAGAAAACAAUAAACGCCCUCCAUGGUCGGAGCAACAAGGCCAGCCGAAAACUUCCAGAGCCGUCUGAUAAGCAGCAGGCGUCAGAGAUGUCAAGUGGGUUGGAUUAUAAGCAGCCGGCGUUAGAGAUGUCAAUUGGAUUGGAUUAAAUGUGUUAAACCCAACCGAAUAAACCCAUUUGGUUAGUUUCGUUAAAUGGGUUAUGUUUUGUUGGGGGUUUACCCAUUUAACCCUAUAAACUCACUUUAAGUUUUUGGUAAUCAUAUUCAUGUGGAAGAAUCCAACUUGAUAAUAUCAAAUCUCAAGUUGCGAAAAA